GUGAAAAAGUCAAGUCACAAAAGAAAGCUUUGAAAGAGUGAGUGCACAUGGUCGGUCGGUCACCUCCAUGUUUGCCGCUGCAGCCCUCUGCAGACCUGAUCUUUGGACCUGAUCCGCCUCAGAUAGUCCUGAUUGAUCCCUCAGAGAGAGAGAGUGAGAGAGAGAGAGAGCUGCUCCAUGAAAUCACUUUAAUCACUUUAAUCACACAAACUGCUCAACUCUAAGGACGAACCCCCCCCCGCGUGCAGCCAUGGAUCGGACAGAGGACUCGGUGAUGUUCGGAUCCUGCAGCUCAGCCUUUUUUUAAUUUUUUUAAAGGGAACUUUUUAGGAAACCAGCAGAGAUGUUGAACUUUAAUGUUUUAAUAACGUGCCUUCUUCUUUUUAUUUCAAAGUGUCAGAGUUUAAAUGUGUCCGACCCGAGUGGUCACGUGUUUUUAGAGAACAUUUUACGCUUUUACGGGGAGAAUAAAUCCAUUUCCACGGAGAACCUGGAGGAUUUACUGAAGCUGAUCUCAGCCAGGAGGUCUCAGUCUGUGUCGGGGGGGAACCCGCUGCAGAACCAGGAGUGUCAGUCGGCAGACGACAUCUUGUCCCACUUCGGGUUCGGUAACGUGAGCCAGCUGACGGUGGGACAUCUGGGGAGGAUCUGCCCGGCCGUGUUGACCCAGGUGCUGCUGCCCUCCUGCCCCUUCACCGCCCCCGAGCCCUCGUCGAUGCUCGACUACACGGUUUGGGGUUACGGCUUCCUGGCGGUCACUGUGAUCAACUUGGCGUCCCUCCUCGGCCUCCUGCUGAUCCCCUUCACCAAGAAGUCCUAUUUCCCCAAAGUGCUGACCUACUUCAUCGGCCUCGCCAUCGGGACGCUUUUCUCCAACGCCGUCCUCCAGCUCAUACCCGAGGCGCUCGGCUUCGAUCCUAAAUCAGAUAAUUACGUAGCGAAUGCAGUCGGGAUAUUCGGGGGUUUUUACGUCCUCUUCUUCGUGGAGAAGGUUCUGAAAAUGGCGCUCGGGGUGGACCACGAGCACGGCCACAGCCACUUCACUCCUGCCGACGCCCCUCAAGAAAACUCCCUCCAAAACGGAGACCUACUGGACAAAAAGGACUCCAUCAUUCUGACCAACAUCAGCACCAUCGCUACCACGGACAAGAGCGGCCUGAACCCGGAGUCUGCACAUGCAAACGCAGCGCCAUCUCAGGAGGUCCAGGUGUCCAACGUGAUGUGUCACUGGCUGCGUGGAAAACGAAUCUCCAGCAUCAAGACGGUGGCGUGGAUGAUCACUCUGAGUGACGCGCUGCACAACUUCAUCGACGGCCUCGCCAUCGGGGCCUCGUUCACCGUGUCCGUGCUGACGGGGUUCAGCACGUCCACCGCCAUCGUGUGUGAGGAGUUUCCUCACGAGCUGGGCGACUUCGUCAUCCUGCUGAACGCCGGUAUGAGCGUCCCUCAGGCCAUUUUCUUCAACCUGCUGUCGGCGGUGUCGUGUUACGUCGGCCUUUGUUUUGGCAUCCUGCUCGGGAGCAACUUUGCCCCCAACGCAAUCUUUGCCAUCGCGGGAGGAAUGUUCCUGUACAUUGCACUGGCAGACAUGUUUCCAGAGAUGGACAACAUCUUACGGGAACAAAAGAAAACCUCAGAAAAGAUCAUCUUCUUCCUGAUCCAGAACUUUGGGCUGCUCACCGGGUUCACCAUCAUCCUGCUGAUCACCAUGUUCGCCAGAGAGAUCAACCUGGGCUAGACGGACCGAGAGAGAGAGAGACACUGGAGGAACACAAACUGGAUUUUUAAAAAACAAACAAAAAAACAAGCUGCUUCCAUUUCUGCUCCCUCAGCAGAGCGGGAAAGUGAAUGUUUUGUUUACAGACAAAACCAAAUGUUUAAAGGGAAAUAAUGCUUUUAUAUAUCUGACUAUCAGCGUAGUUUACUUGAUUAAAAAAAAAAGGGAAAAUCGUUACAAUCGUUCGAUGUAUAAACUCUAGUCAAAUUUGUUUUUGUGGAAACAAUAAAUGAUGUUUCCCGUCUUCAUGUAAUGUGAGAUACUUGACAUGUGUUGUACUGUGGAUGCUGUAGUGUAAACUAACAUAAGCUGUGUUAUUAUUCUGCCUUUUUACGGCAGAAGAGUUGGACCUCAGAGAAUUUGUGAGCGUCACUGGAUGACAUUCAUGAUCCUCAUUUUGAGUUUUUCCUUUACAUCAUGUCUUUGUGUAUUUUACAUCAUGUGUGUAGAGUGUUCAAACGUUUGGCAAAAAUAUGACAGAAAUCACCAGAACACCUUAAAGAUGCUCCGACUCGGACGAGCUGUAUAUUCAGGAUUGAUGUUUGUGUAUCAGGUAGUUUUAAAUCACACUGACGGCCUCUGUGAUUGGCUAAAGGAUCAUCACAUUCACCAAAAUAAAAACCACAAAUACCAAAGAUAAAUCAAAGCUCCUGAGAGGAA